ACGGACGCCAGCGGGCCGCGGGACAGACUGACGUGCGGCUGCAUCGCGGGAGGCGCACGGCGGGGAUGGCGCUGGCGCGGGCCUGGAGACAGAUGUCCUGGUUCUACUACCAGUACCUGCUGGUCACGGCGCUUUACAUGCUGGAGCCCUGGGAGCGGACUGUGUUCAACUCCAUGCUGGUUUCGGUCGUGGGGAUGGCACUGUACACCGGGUACGUCUUCAUGCCUCAGCACAUCAUGGCCAUACUUCACUACUUUGAAAUUGUACAGUGACCAAGAUGUGACCAGGAUCAAGAGGCUCCUUGGGGAAGAUCCACCCUAUGAAGUUGGAGUGAGACUUCAUCAGUUGUCAGAAGAAACUCAACCGGAAUGAACAUAAACAACCUUAUACAUACAAAGACUAAAAUUCAUGAGUGGAACAGGAAAAUCAUCCUGACUCAUGUGUUGUGUUCUUUCUUUUUAAUUUUAAAAGAAGCUCUUGUAUAGUAGUUUUUGUCUAUUUUAACAUUGUAGUCAUUUGUACUUUGAUAUCAGUAUUUUCUUAACCUUUGUGACUGUUUCAAUAUUACCCUGUGAAAGCUUUUCUUAAUGUAACUUUGAGUACAUCUUAAUUGCCUUCUAUUUUUGAAACCCAAGGUCAUUAGUUGGGCUUUACUGUUCUUGCUAUUGUAUGGCAUAUACAUCUGCCUGGAUAUAUUUCUACUCUUGACCAAAGUUUUGUAAGAAACAAUAUAAGAUUUGGGGCAGGGGGAUGGGGAGGGAGGAUAUUUUAUUGAGAACUACUUACAAAAGACUUAUCUGUAAGCUUGAACUCAGGAGUACAGUUUUAGCUGUCUAUACUCUUAACAGCUUUUGCUUUAAAACUAUUAAAGUGUUUCUUAGCAAUGAAAAAGAAAAUAUCUUGCUAAACUUAAUAUGAAGAACAUUUCACAUUUUAACUAUUUAAUUCUUAUGUGGACUUUGAUUCUUGUGAUGAUAGAUGGUUAAAUAGCAUUAUUAGGUAAUGCUUAGAUACACAGUAGAGUUUCUCACAGAAGGUAAUUAGCUUCCUCUGAGUCAUUAUCAAUAGUGUGUCUUUCUUAAACUUAGUUUCAUGAUUGUAACAGGUGCUGCAAAUGUAUUUGCUCAUUGUGAUGUGAUAAGAUGAAUUGUUCAAAACUAUAGCAAAUCUAAGAAGUGUAAACUUGGUUAAAAUCCUUUCACUCUUUGUAUUUUUUUUUUAAAAUUUUUAUUCCUUAGAUGUAAAAUGACUACCUAAUUUUUUGAUGUAAACUGAUUAAAUUCAAAGAGAAAAAAAAUCAGCCAAUGUAGAAAUGUAUCUUUUUCUUUAUGGUUAAAUAAAUAUUGAUCUAGUAGUCAUGUUUCUGAAAUGAUUCCUGUGAGGACCAGAUAAGCAGUAAGUAUAUCUUUU